AUGCGCGCUUUGAUUGCUUUGUGCUUAGUUGCGGCCGUUAGCGCCGGUCGGUUAGGCUACAACUACAGACCCGGCAGCACGGGUGACAUUGGCUCGAUCGGUACUGAUGGCAUUGGAAGCGGUAUUGGACCUGGAUCGGUGUCCCAUGCCCUCGGUGGACCAGUGAGCUAUGAUGCUGCGCCUCAAGCCGGCGUCCACAAAGAAUUCUUCUCCUUCCGCGCCAACGAGGCCGACUUCGAGGAUCCAGACGCAGCUCGCAAAAUCGCAGCCUCGGUUUCGAAGAACGUGCGUGUGAUCUUCAUCAAGGGACCCGAGAAUCGCGGAUACGAGAAUGCCGUUCUAGCUCUGGCCAAGCAGGCUGCCGAGCAGCAGACAGCCAUUUAUCUGCUUCACAGACAACCUGACCUCAACGAUCUGGCCAACAAGUUCAACGCUGUGCGCCAGAAUGCCAACUCUAAGCCCGAGGUGCACUUCGUCAAGUACCGCACGCAGGACGAUGCCAUUAAUGCACAGAAGGCUAUCCAGAGCCAAUACGACUCAUUGGGCGGCACUAGCCAGAACAUCAAUGGUGGUGUGGCUAACGCCCUCAACUUCGCGUCCCGCUCCGCAGCUCCUGUUCACGCUGGACGUGCUCAAGAGCCCGACAGCAACUAUCUGCCAUCCUCAAUCCUGCGACGCCUGCGCCUGAAAAAAUAAUUUAGCAAUUCGAAAAAUAAUUAGUUUAAUACAAAAUGUUGACCGACUUAUAUAUUUA